AUGGCAACAGAAGAACUACCACAAGUGAAGCUAUACUGGCUCAACGACUCCCGCUCCCAAAACACCCUCUGGCUCCUCGAAGAACUCAAGAUUCCCUACACAGUCCAACUCUUCCGCCGCGCCCCCAACCGUCUCGCGCCCCCCGAGCUCGAAGCCGUCCACCCGCUAGGCAAAGCGCCCGUGCUAGAAAUCACGCCCACCCCCAGCGAUGAGGAUCCUAGCCCCGCACCGAUCCGGCUUGCCGAGAGCGGGUACAUCACGCAGUACCUCGUCGAGCACUUUGGCCACCGCAAGCCCGGCCUCGUGCCGCCACGCUGGAAGCUUGGACGGGAGGGGAAAGUCGGGGGCGAGACGGAGGCGUAUGCGCGGUUCUGGUAUCUGUUGCACUAUGUCGAGGGGAGCUUCUUCCCUGUGAUUGUGCAGUUUAUCCUCAUCAAUAUACUGAAAUCAUCCAACGUCCCCUUCCUGAUCCGCCCCCUUACCUCCCUCGUCGCCUCUAAGAUCUUUUCCCUUGUCAUUUUCCCCAAUGCGCAAAAGCACCUCGCCAUGCUCGAGAACUUUCUCAAGACUGCGCCCGGGGUAUCAGCCGACGGCGGCGGGUUUCUCUGCGGGCCAGAGCUCUCGGCCGCGGAUAUACUCAUCAGUUUCGCGCUCAUCACGGCAGACGCCGAGAAUGCGUGGGACACGAUGGGUAGCUGGCCCGGCGGGUCGGCGAGGGCGGCGCAUCCUAUUCUGUUUGAGUACGUUGAGCGGCUGAAGAGGGAGCCUGGGUAUUUGAGGGUUGUGGAGAAGGUUCAGGAGGUUGAGGGGUGA